AUAUACAGGUGGAUGGAGAAGACAAAUGGGGAGGAUAUAUAGGUGGAUGGAGGCUGGAAAACAAUAAGCAUGCGCGUGAGAUUUGCUAUAUUAUAUUUUUUCUUCUGCAUGUACAAUCUUGGUAUUUUUCGUGCGCUCUAAUAUGGUUUUCGGUCACCAUUAACAUCAAAUUCUGAAAAGUCUUCAGAGUGCGAUGUGGCAACUGGACACAGGUUUGUGUAUUGGCUGUUAGGUUUGGACCGACUAAAUCAGUGAAGUCAUUUCCCGGUUAUAGAUUUCUAGGUUAUAGAUCCUAACUGAUGUCGAGAAGAGAUAUCUAAUUAUCGGUUCUAUACAGAAGUGGACAGGGAAUUAUGGAGCUCUUUGCUGUGGUCAGUGUAGCGUCCUUAAUCCUGGGUAUCGUCGCAAUGUGGUUGACCUGUAAGAAGAGAUCCGUUGUGGGUAAUUACCCUAAGGACACGAUUGUGUUACACCAGAUAAGACGGGGACCUUACGCUCCCAGCAUCUCACCUUUCUGUGUCAAGCUAGAGACUUACCUGAGGAUGUCAAAGCUCAAGUACCAGCACGUCUACUCUACGCAAAUGUCUCUCAAAGGUAAAGUCCCUUGGAUCGAGCUGAAUGGCCAAGAGAUCGCAGAUUCUGAGUUCUGCAUUGAAUUCCUAAACAAGAAACAACUUCACCCUUCAACGAUGGUUCGACGAUGUGCCGUGGUCAGCGGUGUGUUACAUUAUGAGGUUUACUUCGUACCUGACGAUGUGCUGUGGUCGGCGGUGUGUUACGUUAUGAGGUUUAACUUCGUACCUGACUAUGUGCCGUGGUGUCUAGUGUUGUACAGAUGGGUGUUUCGUGUGAACGAGGCUUGGCUAGAAGAGGCUCGGAUCCCCGUCUUAUUCCGCUGGUACGUCUCGCGGUUUGCCCGGCGUCAGACAUGGUCCCAAGGCCACGGCAGGCACAGCCAGGCAGAGGUGGACCGGAUAUUGCAGAGCGACCUUCAGGCAAUAUCAGAGUUCUUAGGUACUAAGCCGUUCCUUCUGGGUCGGGAGCCGAGCCAGGUGGACUGUGCUGUGUUUGGUCAGCUCUCCCAGUUUAAGUGGAACAUGCACGGCUGUUUGGCCAACACACUCGUCACGGAGACUUUUCCCAACCUGAGUGCUUACUGCGAGCGUAUGAAGGAACGGUACUGGCCCGACUGGGAUGAACACACUCUGAUGGGCCGCAAACAGGACAAGUAGACGAGCACCGGGAGCUCCCAAAGCGCGCAAAGGCGACCUUGGCCACAACGGACAGGAAUCAUUGACGAGUCCUAAAUUGCUAAUAUCUGCUUAUCGACUUUCAGUUAUGAUGUAAGCCUACAGAGCUACAGAAAGUAGUUCGUUAUGAAACAAACAGCAACCCACGCAUCAGUCCUUGUAAAAUUGGCUAUUUCCGGAAGAAACAAAAUGAGAGAAAUCGGAAAUGAAAGUUACACAACAAAACAGGAAGGCCUAUUUUACUGAACGAAGUGUUUCUCUUGGGUACAAACCUGGCUUUCACUCUGUCUGUGGGUAUUAGACCAUUCUUGAGCUGUAAGUUCGCACUUAUGGUGGAAAUGUAUAUGUCUUGCACUGGGGCUAGAACCUAGUUUCGUACAUCUUCACCUGUCUUGCGUUACCCUCAUGCACUCAAACAAAUAAUCUGUAACUUUUUACAGAAAGUCUGGCUGAUGCUAGAAUGUAUUCCGUCAUUAUAACAUAACACUUUGUCAUGUUGAGCUCGAGAUACUGGUAGUCUAAUACAAUCUUUACGUUGAAUGAAUAGAAUACGUGUAAUAUUGACAACAAUCUGCUACAGUAACAGAAUAUAUUCAACAUGUAGCAUCAGACCUAACAGAUUAUUUGUAGACAGUAGCGAACAGCCAGGUGUAAUGAAGCUGUUAAAGUUCAAAAUACGCGACCAGCAUAAAGAUGACGUCAGCAAAAUUUCAGACAAAUCUCAGCGCAAGGUAGGUGAGGGAGAGCCAAUUAGAAUUGAGAGGCGUAUUGCGUGUGUCGUUGUUGUAUGCGGAACUGUUUGUCUAUUUCGUGGCUGGAUUCUACCUUUGGACGUCUAGGAUAAAGAGAUAUGGCGGAAUAUCAAAUAAUGGAGGAUGGGAGGGCAAAGAAUAUGAAGAACUAGUGGAUUCCAUAUUGAUUAACUAUUUCUUUGAUACUAUCAUCAUUUUAAUGUUGCCAUUUAUACGUUUUAUAUUUUAUCGCGUUUCAUCAGCCUAAAGUCCAAAAAAAAAACUCAAACUUCCUUGCCAGUUGUUUAUCUACACUGCAUUAAGCAGUGUAAGUCAUAUUUUAUUCAAUUUUUGUCGAUCAAUUCUAUAUAACCGUUGUAUGGCAUAUAAGUGCACGUUGCUUUUUCAAACAUUUUUUUAAAGUUUAAUACCCUUUUGGGUAAGCCUUAUCAGUUUUACUUUGUUUUCACAUGGUUAGACAUAUGG